AUGGCGCUCGAUCCCCAGUCCCUGUUAGUUAAGCUCAACGCAAGGACUCGCGACAAGGUCACGGCUCUCCGGUUCCUGAAGAACGAGGUGGUCGGCCAUGUGCAAAAGAAGGAGCAGUGGGUACGGCACGGCGUCAUCCGGCCCAUCGUCAAUAUCAUAGCCUCCGAUGCGCUCGAGCCAGAUAGCAAAGGCACGCAACCGCCCUUUUUGACGCUCAGGGCGUUUACCGACGAAGAUAGCGCAAAGCUCCAGGCUUUGCAGCUCCUCGCCAGCUUUGCCAACGCCGGCCCUGCAUUCCUCGCUCCCUUAUAUGCCGCCGGGGUCUUGCCCGCCGUCUUGAGUCCGGCAUGUCUCCAAAACGAGCAUCAUCAAAUCGUCCUGGCCGCCCUUCGGGUGGUACGAGACGUUGCCGGUGCCGCCGCGUUUGCCUCGCCCUCUUCUCCUAUCACCUCCUCAUUCCUGGCCGACAUACUAUUUACCAGCCCUACUCUCGAGUCUAUCUACCAGAUCCUCACGCCCAAGGCCUCGAAUCCCGAUAGCGAAGCCCAAAUAUCAAUCGUCGCUCACCUGAUAAAGAGCCUUUGCCGUGAGGAACGCUACCAGGCCGCCUUAGUCAGUAGCAGGAUCCUAGAUGCACUCGCCACCAGGUUGGCUAGUUUCGUGGUUGCCAACGGCCAGGUAUUACCAGGAGCCGAUAUCAUAAGCCGUCUGGAGGGCCUGGAGGAUUAUAUGCCUGAGCCUGCUACGUCCACUAGUAGUUUGGACGGCGUUCUAGGCGCAAUCGCUGCCAUUAUCGGGGAUUCGCCGUAUCGCACGUGCAAGUUACUCUAUUCGCCCUCGAUUCUAGCUGUUUUUCCCAUUGUUGAUACCGAUCCGACUAAGUCUACGAAAUCUCCCUCUGGUCCCGUGGAACUCCCUGGGAUAGGGCCAACGAAACACAUCGAUUUCGAACCUGUGGACUUGCUUCUCCCCUAUAUGUUGGCUCAAUCUCGGGGGCACCCGGACCACGCCUCGUUCCCAUCAUACGGCACAGUACGAGAGAAUGCGACCCCCAACGGGCGCCCGGCAUCCAAAUUCCAGAGUGCCGCUGCCUCACGAACCCCAUCUGAGGAUGCUUUUGCUCCUAACAACGAUACUGACUUUGAAAAAGUUGAGAGUCCCCUGAUACCCUGGCUCAUUACUCUAGUUAGAUCACGGAGUGGCAACGAGGUCCUGAUGGCCACUUCGAUUCUAACCUCUCUCUUCAAAGCCGGGUUCUCGUAUAAGACAAGGGAAGCGAGCCUGGGCCUUCUUGUUGUACCGGUCCUCUUGAGUAUACUAAACGAGGUCGAGACGAAGAUGAGGGGCGUCGAUUACAGUAACUGUGAUCGUGAUACGGCGUCGAUGCUCAAUAUUAUCGAGGAGGCCCCGGCGAUACUAGCCCGCCUAAUCACCGAUAGUGAACCUCUUCAGAAGGCAGCCUUCGAUUGCGGCGCGGUGAGGACGGUAUGCAAGCUACUCAAAGAUAGUUACGACGUACCGCCCCCCCUUGCCAAAUCAUGGACGUGGUCGACGCACAACAAGAGCCCAGGUUCGCCCAGUCGGCUGCCCCCAGAGUGUCGCCUAGGCGAAGAAGGCGAGCACCGAUAUUUAGUCCAUCGCGUCAAAGUCAGGGAGAGCACCCUGAGAGCUAUCGGCGCGCUCGCAACCUUUAAGGAUGAAUACCGGAAAGCUAUCGUUGACCAGGAAGCAAUUCAUUACAUCGUCGAGUCUGUGGCUCAAAACCCUGGCAACCCGAUUCCGGUUGUUAUCGCAGCCUGUUAUGCUGUCCGCACUCUCUCUCGCUCGGUUAAUAUUUUGCGGACAGCGCUCGUCGACCAUGCGGUGUCAAUGCCUCUAUUCGAGCUCCUUCGACAUCAUGAUAUCGAGGUGCAGGUAGCAGCCACCGCGGCGGUUUGCAAUCUCGUCAUGGACUUCAGCCCGAUGAGAGAACCCCUUGUUGAAGCAGGCAUCCUCGGGAUACUGUGCGAGCACGCGCACUCGCACAACCCAUCUUUACGAUUAAAUGCUCUGUGGGCCCUUAAAAAUCUAGUUCAUUCGUCGAGCGUCGAUCUGAAGAAGAGGUGUGUCGAGGAGCUUGAGUCGGGCUGGUUAGUUCAAUUAAUCUGCGACGACACCGAGGACGACGCACUCUUCUUAGCAAAUUCGAGGGGUGAUAGGCCAGCCUCUCGGGAUAUACCCGACGACAUGGACGAGGAUGUAGACAUGGGUCUCCCGGGUGACCAUAAUCGUUCUGUCCUUUCAACAGCCUUCUACAAGACGCCUACUACCCGAGCCCAGCCCGAUGUCCGCAUAAUCCGGCUCGCGGAAAUGGAGCUAGGAGCGCUCCGGGCACCAGAGCUGGAUCCUAUCCCCAAAGCACGGCACGACGACCUCGGGAUUCAGGAACAAGGCCUGGGAUUCAUACGGAAUCUGAUUGGCGGUGCCCACUCUAGCAGCAGCGCUGAUUCGGCAAACGAGACAACAGAAAUGAUCGAUUACUUGUUCAAUACCUUGGGGCAAGACCGAUUUUUCGGAAUCCUCGCCUCCAAGCUGCGGGUUAAGGUGCUCCACCCUUAUCGCCGGCGGAGCCCUACGGGGAACAAGGCCCGCGUGCUUCAGCCGCAGACCAAGAUCAUCGAAUCGGUUAUCUACAUCCUGGUUCACAUAGCGGCCAGCAUACCACGUCACCGACAGUUAGUGGUAUCCCAGACGGAGCUACUCAAAAAGCUCGCAAAGCUAUUUAAUAGUAAGGACAGAGAGGUUCGGGUGGCCCUGUGCCACCUCAUCAACAACUUGACGUGGCUAGACAAUGCCAGCGACGGACCAGGAUGUUCUCAGAGGGCCCUCGAGCUAAAGAAGUUGGGGUUCUUGUCGAAACUCGAGGCUCUUAGGGAGGGCGACGACGAGAUCGACGUGCGCGAACGGGCGAAAUCCGCUCUGUGGCAGAUGAAGCCGGCGGCCUAUUAA